UUGUAGGCGAUAUGAAAUGUCGUUUUGUAUUUGACAGCUGAGCAAAUGUGGCUCAGAUGGUUUUUGAAACAAACAUUACAAAAUGAAAUUAUUUCAAGAAAGGAAAGAAUGAUUGGUAAUAUUUUUUAAAUUUAUAUCCGGAGGUUUCGACAUUUUUAUAAGGUGUAAGAAGGAAUCAUUAUGUCAGCGGAAUAUGAAGAUGAAUCAUCGUCGUCAAGCGGCGAACUAACUCCUACAAGAAAAAACAGUUCACCUUCUCAGAAUGUCCAUCAUAAGCCCUCGAUUUUGUCUUCAUUGAGAAGCGUUUUGAUAGUAUUAAGCACUGCGCUGAUUUGUUUUGCUGCUGCUAGGAAUUCUAUAACAUGGCACUGUCAGAGAUUUUGGGGUGCAUCAGGAGAUUUCUGGCAGGCCCAAUGGGACAAAAUCUUGGACACGAUCGGCGAAGAUCCAUAUAAUUUGUGGGUUUAUGGAACUUUUCUCAUCACAUUCGGCGUUUAUUGGUUGUUUGGAGGCAUUUAUACACUAAUGGACGUAACUAACAAACCUGCUGCCAUCAGGAGAUACAAAAUACAACCGGGGACCAACGAGCCGGUGGAUAAUAGGCGACUUUUGAAGGUUAUUUGGUAUGUUUUGGUAAAUCAGUUGAUAGUUGGGAUUCCAUCGUCGAUGCUUAUGUAUUGGGUGAUGAAAUGGAGAGGGUAUCCUCCUCUCAGAGACUUGCCGACCUUCCACUGGGUACUGUACGAACUUGCUGUACAUAUUCUGACAGAGGAGGCCUCAUUUUAUUAUUCACAUAGGCUACUACAUAGUCGCUGCUUAUACAAGUAUAUUCACAAACAGCACCAUGAAUGGACGGCACCGAUAGCUGUAACAGCAAUUUAUUGUCAUCCUAUAGAACAUGUUUUUUCAAACCUUCUUCCACCAUUUUUGGGAGUAUUCAUAAUGGGAUCGCACGUUGCGACAGCAUGGCUGUGGUUCACUCUAGCAAUACUAUCUACACUCAAUGCUCACUCAGGAUAUCAUCUGCCGUUUUUUCCAUCCCCGGAAGCACACGAUUUUCAUCAUUUGAAGUUCAAUAAUUGCUUCGGAGUUCUAGGGGUACUUGAUCGAAUUCACGGUACAGAUACAAACUUCCGGCAGACCAGAGCUUACGUGAGGCAUAUUAUGAUGCUGAGCUUCAUUCCGCCAAGAGAGGCAUUCCCGGAACAUAACACUUGCAAACACAAACUUGGUAAACGCUAAUCAUAUAUUCAAAGUGUUUUCUCAAUACAAAGUAUUUAUUUUUCAAAUUUCUGGUGCUUUUAAGUGAAAUUUUUGUAAGUCUCACUAUAUUCUUCCCUUUAUCUUGUAAAGGGCUUGUAGGCUUGUCAUUGAGCAAAUAACUGAUAAAUUUAUAGAUUUAGAGUCGAAAUAAAUUACUACAUUGGUCAUU